AUGCCUGCUACGCAAUCGCAAAGGGCAUCAGUCAUCAUACCAGCUUCUGCAUCGAAUGAUCUUGCAGCUGCUUCGUCUAUUCGAGGACUUGUCUCCAAGUAUGCACAAUCGCAACUACGCCUGAAGAAGCCUACUACUGUCUUUGUCGGGGGUACUGGACAAGAAGUAUUGACAGAGGCAGACUGGAAGACCAAUGUCAAGAGCGAUGUCAUAUUGCUCAUCUCAGCGGGAGAAGAACAUAUUGGUGCUAACAAAGAACCAAACGGGCAUGGAGCCGGGAACCACUUUGCCGAAGUCCAGGUUGUUGAAGCUUCAUCACUUGCCAACAUAGACAAUAGUCUGCAACAAGACAACGUCGUUCUCCUAGUACACUCGGGCUCUCAGGGACUGGGAGGCAACAUCCUUAAGAAGUGUAUGACAGAGACGCGCACUAGCUUCGGAGAGGGUAGUGCAGAUGCAAUCGGAUACAUGGAAGAGCAUAACCAGGCCUGCAUCGAGAUGAUCGCAGUUGCCAAAACUGCACUGAAGAAAUGCAGGAUGAUCGACAUCUGGCACAACAACGUUGAGCGUAUCGCAUGGCCUCCAUCAGAACUUUGGUCAGCUGGAAAAUACGCCUCUAGUAUCUACAAUAUUGUUCCUUGUGAUUGUGUGUACAUCCACAGGAAAGGCGCAGCACCAACGUACGAUCCGAAGAUUCAGUUACCGCUCAGCCUUCUUCCACUGCCCGGAUCCAGAGGCACACCGACGCUCAUUCUGCAGCCAACGUUCUCAACCUCCAACGCAUGGGGUCUGAAGAACGGACUUUCGCUUGCCCACGGUGCAGGAUGCGCCAUGUCUCGGGCAAAGGCACUGUCGGCAUCGGCACAGAAGUACAAAGGCCAAAACAUCCUGGAGCCACGGUUGGCAGACUUGCAAGGCACGUGGGUCAUCUGUGACGAAAAAGGCCUUGUUUUUGAAGAAGCUCCAGACGCAUACAAAGACGUUCAGGCUGUUAGUCAAGAUCUAGUCGAUGCCGAUGCAGCGCAAGUUGUCGGCUGGUGUCGAUCUAGGAUCAGCUACAAGGUCAGAAAUGAGACAUGUUGA